ACGUGUGGGAAUCUCAGCCAAUCCCAGGACUCCAAAAACAAGUGGAUAAUACUGGAGCAAACAUUUUUAAGAUCAAGUCUCUCACUAUGCCCUUCUAAUUCAUCUUCCACCUUUCCUCUCCAUGAACUACUUGUAAAUGGCACUCUCUUCUCUACCCAUCAAACCUCUAAUUACUAUUUCUUCUUCUUCUUCUUCUUCAAAAGCUUCAUCUCGCCAUCUGCCUUCAUUUGGCGUCUUUUGCCACAUAAAUAACCCAGAAACCAAAGCUCUUAUCGAUUGCUCCAGCAAUAAGCAUGAAGUCAGGGAUGCAAAGUUUAGGAUCUGGAAACCCUUGGUUUCAACAGCAUUGGCAGCAACAUUGUUUUUUGAGGCGAUACCUCUUCUAUGGCUGAACUUAACAAGUUUGAGGCGGAAACUCGUGGUGAAUUCGGCAUCGGAUCGGCUGCCCAGUUUGGUUCCGCAGAUUUAAAGAAAGCUGUUCAUGUUAAUGAAAAUUUCAGAAGGGCAAACUUCACAACUGCUGAUAUGAGGGAAUCCGACUUCAGCGGUUCAACCUUCAAUGGUGCAUAUCUUGAGAAAGCAGUUGCAUACAAACUUAAAUUUACAGGUGCUGAUCUGAGAGACACAUUGAUGGAUCACAUGGUUCUCAAUGAGGCUAACCUAACAAAUGCAGUGUUGGUAAGAUCAGUCCUCACCCGAAGUGAUCUCGGGGGUGCCCUCAUUGAAGGUGUUGAUUUCAGUGAUGCUGUUAUUGAUCUUCCUCAGAAGCAGGCUCUUUGCAAGUAUGCAAAUGGAAGAAACCCAAUCACUGGGGUAAGCACCAGAGCAAGUUUAGGGUGUGGGAACAGCCGACGAAAUGCGUAUGGCUCUCCUUCUUCUCCUCUGUUGAGUGCUCCACCUCAAAAAUUGCUAGACAGGGAUAGUUUUUGUGACCAGGAUACUGGCUUCUGUGAAGCCAAGUAACUUAAUCUGUAAACCAUAUCAAAUGAAAGUACAUCUCAUACGCACACUAAAUGUUUUCCUUCACAAUUACUACUCGAGAAUUUUAUUGCAAUUUUGAAGUCAAUGUGUGGUCGAUUAACGUUUGGUUACACAUGCUUUACACGUAAUGAUGUCAUAAA